GUCUAUGAUUAGGAUAGACAUUUAGGAUAGACCUGUUUCAUCAGUUUCAUCACAGGAUAAAGGUGAUCCCUCAGAACAGAUUUGUAAUGAUUUGCAGCCCCAGUCGGGGGCAGCAGAACAAUAAACCGAGCCAAGUCUGCAGGAAAGAAGAAGAAGCAGUCAUAUGGCGUUAACGCAGUAACAGGAGUUAUGACAUGUGUAUAUGAUAUGUGUAAUGAUUAACCUCGGACUUUCACUGACAAAACUCGGUACCAAAGUGAGCGCCACAUUGCCGUGUCUCUGGUCUGGGAUUGCGCGGUGUCUGUCAGGGUAUUAGCUCUUUAUCCCUUUAAGUUCUUCUUAGAGCUCAAACUCUGUGCUGCGUUCACACUCCGGUAUGUUUGCCAGGUUAAAUGUAAAACUGCGUCCUGCGCUCAGACAGGCUCAGGUGUCAUGGAGACACAGGACGCAGAUCCGCGGCUGUUCUGACACAUCUGCAACUUUCCACUUACACCAGGACUGCCUCGAGCUGAGCUAUGGAGGGACACCAAUGCGCUUCAACUACGUGUGGCUGCGGGACCACUGCCGCUCUGCAGCUUCUUACAGCUCCUCCACCCACCAGAGGAACGUGGACACCGGCAGCAUCGAGCUCUCUAUCCGGCCUGACAGGACCACAGUGGAGGAUGGACAUCUGGUCCUCACCUGGCCUGAUGGUCAUGUGUCAAAAUACAGCCUCAGCUGGUUAGCUGAGAACAGCUAUGAGGUAAAGAAGCAGAGCACAGUACAGCCGCGCAUUCUUUGGAACUCAGACAUCUAUAAAAACGCAAACAUACCCUCAGCCAAGUACAGCAAGUUUAUGAGCAGCGAUGACGAGCUGAAGAAGUUUCUGCAGCCCUAUCUUCAGUAUGGGAUCGCGUUUGUAGACGAUGUUCCUGCUACAGUGGAGGCCACAGAAGAAGUUACCAAGAGGGUCAGUCUUAUCAGAGAGACAACAUAUGGCAAAAUGUGGUGCUUUACUUCAGAUUUUGCCAGAGGAGACGCUGCUUACAGCCAGCUGGCCUUGGACCGUCAUACUGACACCUCAUACUUUCAGGAACCAUGUGGAAUCCAGGUUUUCCACUGUCUCAAGCAUGAAGGAUCUGGGGGAAGGACACUACUUGUGGAUGGGUUCUAUGCUGCAGAAAAACUGCGGCAGAAGUCGCCUGAAAACUUUGAGCUGCUUGCUACGGUACCCGUCAGGCACGAGUACAUCGAAGAAACCGAGAGCCACCGGAACCACAUAACGGGCAUUGGCCCCGUGCUCAACACCUAUCCUUGGAACAAUGAAAUUUACCUGAUGCGGUACAACAACUAUGACAGAGGCGUGUUAAACACAGUCCCCCAUGACACAGUUCAGAGAUGGUAUGAGGCUCAUCGAGAGCUGACGGCAGAACUGAGGCGUCCAGAGAACGAGCUGUGGGUGAAACUGACUCCAGGGAAAGUGAUUUUCGUAGACAACUGGCGUGUCUUGCAUGGAAGGGAGUCUUUUACUGGCUUGAGGCAGAUCUGUGGAUGUUAUCUGACCAGAGACGACAUCAUCAACACUGCUCGCUGUCUGGGUCUACAGGCUCUGUCCUGAACGUGAAGGUCCCUUCACUUCUCUGCCUUAUCGGUCUACCUAUAGUAUAGGUUUCAGUACUUUGCACUUAGACUCCUCUGACUGUUGGAGUGUGUUAUAUUUUGCUCAUCUUUAUUUUAUAAUUGCCAUUUGGUUGAUUUUUUUUUAAGCUCUAUGUACAAUUAGGCAUUACAAAUGUCUCCUGAAUUAUACCUGAAACAAUUAAAUAUACUUGCUAAGCGUGAACUGUCUCUAAAUUUGGUCAAACAAACCUCUUCAAACCUCCUGUGUGAUUUCUGCUGUGGCUGUUGCACAGUGUUGUAUACUACAGCAGCACAAUGACAGAACGUGAUUGAUUCAAGCAAAUUACAUUGGAAUUUUUUUUUCUGCUUAGGUCUAAUCACAAGGCGGGGUAGUAGACUCCCUGUUUGACUCCAUAAAGAUGUCCAGCAGCAGCUCUUUAACAUUUCCCAGUUAAAGGAAGCAUAUUGGAGGUGUCUGUGCUGCCGUCACACUUGCCAAACAGUCAUCAAUUUAUGGUUACUAGCUUUGGCACGGGCAGAGCACAGUCAGGUUUAAAUUUACUGCUGGGUUAAAGAAGGAGCUGUUUGAUAUUUGCUUUUUCUAAUGAGAAAAUAAAUAUUGUUGGCACGACCCUACAAAAUGCUCAUAAUUCAUCUCCAGAUACGAAUAAAGCUGGUGAUCAAACCGA